GGUCCAGCGACCGUCCGCCAUGGGGUACUACACACAAAGUUCAGGCAGGGGGUGUGGGGACUCUAAGGGCGGUCAAGGGCCUGUAGGCAAACAUGGGGCGGCUAGGACAUAUCCUGCAAGCUUCACUUUCUCAUGACCGGCAGGCCCGUUGACGGCACACCCAAAAGUCGUCCUAGUACUGCUGACAGGCCAUGUCGGAUUAGGCAGUUGUGGCAGGUGUUGGUGGCGAUGGAUGUUCACCCGGUUCCUGGAGCUGAGCGGCUACGUUGUUGUCAAGGGUUGAAGAUGCUACCGAUGACGGUUGUUUUGAGCCAAUCAACAGAUGAAGGGCAUCGUAUCCUGACCGACACAUGGACAAUAUCCCUUGGGUGUGGUCUUACGGAUGAGCAGUGGCAGCCUCUGGAUGAAGACAGAUGUACCUCCCCAAAGGAGCUGAGCAACGCAGCUAUCCCUGAUUUCCUCAGACAUCUACUUCGUCUUGACCCCGCAGGCGAAAUACCACGGGUGAGUAAGCAGGCUGGUAGGACGGGUGUCAGACCUUCGGGACCGUGGCGCUUUCCGAUGGAACGUCGAGAAGCUUGGGGGUCAGAUGCGAGAAAGUGGGUGAGCCGGUGGUUGGCUGCCUCAGCGUAUUGGUUGCACAGCACACGUAAGCGGGGCGGGAUUAUGAUGAUUCCCAGUCUUUGAUCACGUCGUCUCCUGCAUGGUAUCAAUGAUGACGCUUCACCAAUAAGCAGAGGGAGCAUCAGUGGAUCAAGCAACAUGACUGCUCCUUUGCCCU